AUGCUCUCCGCCAGUGAACGCAAUCCGACUCCGGUCAUGGACCCAUCGCGCACCAAAGUCUCAGCGCUGAACCAUAACCACACCCACCACCACACAGUCCCCUCUGCCUCAGCACAACAACAACUCGCCAACUCCUCAAUGCCCCCGCAAUUCAUCCAGCACAUCUGGGUCGUCACCGGCCCCGCCGGCAGCGGCAAAAGCACCGUCGGCCGCUAUCUCGAGCAGGAAUUGGGCGUGCCCUUCUUGGAGGGCGAUGAUUUCCACCCCCCCGCCAACAAAGCCAAAAUGUCUACAGGCACCCCGCUCACAGACGCAGACCGCUGGGACUGGCUGAUCUCGCUGCGCAGCGCCGCAACAACACUACUGAGCACGCCCGUGCCCAUCCCAACGCCCACAAACCCCACGGCCACAGCAGCACCGCGCGGCGUGGUCGUCGCCUGCUCCGCGCUGAAGAAGAAAUACCGGGACGUCAUGCGCGUCGCGGCCUACGGGUCCCCCAAUGUGCACAUCCACUUCGUGUACCUGAAGCUUGAGGCGGAGACGCUGUAUGCGCGGGUCUCGGCGCGCCAGGCGCACUAUAUGAAGCAGAGUAUGGUUGAGAGUCAGCUGAGGGAUCUGGAGGAGCCGAGGGGGGACGAGUGGGAUGCGCUGACGGUGCCGGUUAAGGUGGAGAUGGGGAUGGGGGAUGUGCAGAGGGAGGUUAUGCUUGCUGUACGGGGAGUUGUGGAGGAGUAUGAGAAGGCUUCAUAG